AUGUCCAAGGAGCUUCUCACCGUCUUUGGGCUCACUGGAAAGCAGGGCAGCCCCGUUGCCAACUACGUCCUUGGCGAUGAAGAGCUCAGCCAACAGUACUCAGUUCGCGGCGUCACGCACUCACCCUCAAUUUCCAAGGUCCGAGCACUCAAAUCUAAAGGCGCCUUAAUCAUUAAAGCAGAUCUGGACAAGCUAUCUAGGUUUUUCCAUGCUCUAAAUGGCACCUACGUGCUCUUCUUUCUUACAAACGCGCAAGCCGGCGCGGAGGGGCGCGAGAUUAAAUACGACAGGCCAAUGACCUGUUUGAUGAAGCACUGA